UAGCGUUGCUACAAGGAAGACCGUGUGGAUUCGGCCGUCUCAUUUCUGGCUGCAGUUGUGUUGUGUUAGGUCUAUGAUUAUAACGUGAUAUGUCACAUGAUCUGUCCAUUGACUCGUGAUUUACCCGAUGAAUUGUAAGGACGCAAAUCUCUCUCUUUCUUCCGUCUGAAUUUUUUCCGAAGUGCAGCUACAGAGGCAAUGGCGGGCCAUAUUGUGCUUUUGACUUUUUUAGUGUUACUUGUCACCGCACGCGGCAUUCCGGGUCCAAGAGAAGAUCUGUCCAACGAUGGAAUCGCGAAAGUGGAGGCUGUUAAUACGCCGAACUACAAAAUUGGUGUUGGAAUAGCAGACAUCACGGGACCAGCAGCUGAAGUCAACAUGAUAGGAUACGCCCAACCUUUGCAAGUAACUGGUGGUAUCUACGUUCGUCAGUUCAGCCGAGCUUUUAUCAUUGCUGAUAUCAAUAAACCAGAUCACAGGGCUGUCUUUGUCAGCAUUGAUGCUGGAAUGCAAGAUCAGCUGGUAACGCUUGAGGCCUGGUAUGACUCCAUGACCCAAGGAUAUACAACCAAUGUGGAUAAACUGAUGACUGUCCUCAAAUUAGUGGACAAGAAUGGCGCAGACCUUGGCAUGAUAAAUUGGUUUGCAGUCCAUGGUACAAGCAUGAACAAUACAAACCACCUCAUUAGCGGAGAUAACAAAGGAUAUGCUUCCCAGUUGAUGGAGAGUUACUUCAAUAAAGAUGCUAGACCUGGCAAGGGGAAAUUUGUUGCCGCUUUUGCUUCAUCAAAUCUUGGAGAUGUCUCUCCAAACACCAAAGGCGCCAAAUGCAUUGACACUGGAAAGCCAUGUGACUAUGAUACAAGCACAUGUGAUGGCAAGAAUGAGAAAUGCAUUGCAUUUGGGCCAGGAGUUGACAUGUUUGACAGCACCAGGAUCAUUGGAGAAUACCAGUACAAGAAAGCAUUGGACCUGUACAAGAGUGCCACUAAGAUGCUCAGUGGGCCAGUUAGUACUGUUCACCAGUAUCUCGACAUGACCAACCAGACUGUGAUAUACAACAGUACAUUCUGGGGAAAGACUUGCAAAGCAGCCAUGGGAUUCAGCUUUGCUGCGGGGACCACCGAUGGACCAGGAGCAUUCAACUUCAAAUAAGGAGACACUGAAGGGGAUGCCUUCUGGAGAUUAAUUGUGUCUUUCAUCAAAAAGCCAUCUGCCCAGUUGGUAGAAUGUCAGAAACCCAAACCAAUUUUACUCCCAAUCGGAGAGAUGCUGGAACCGUACCCGUGGGGACCUUCCAUUGUGGACACUCAAAUGAUACGCAUUGGUCAGUUUGCCGUUGUGGCAGUUCCUGGUGAAUUCACAACGAUGUCUGGUCGCAGAACCCGUGAUGCAGCUCAAAAGAGCUUGAUUCAAAACGGAAUGCCCAAUGACACAAUUGUGGUACUUGCUGGCUUGACAAACACCUACGCAGACUACAUCGCAACCUAUGAGGAAUACCAGAUCCAGCGUUAUGAGGGAGCUUCUACUGUCUUUGGUCCUCACACUCUUCAGGCAUACAUCAACCAGUUCACCAAACUCUCUGAGUAUCUUGCAAAGGGAACUGAUCCUGCCCCUGGGCCGACUCCAAAGAAUCUUUUGGACAAGAUGAUCUCCCUUCUUCCAGGGGUACUGUUCGAUGAAGUUCCUCCUUUCAAACAGUUUGGUGAGGUGUCCAAGGAUGCUGAUGCAUCUUACAAGAGAAACACAACUGCAACUGCCACAUUCCAUGCUGGAAAUCCUAGAAAUGAUUUGAGGACAGGGGGAACCUUCAUGUCAGUUGAGUUCAAACAUCCAACAACAGGAAAGUUCUCUGAGAUGUUCAGUGACUCAGACUGGUGUACUAGAUUCUACUGGAAGCGUACUGAUGAGAUACUUGGUUUCAGUGAGGUAACGACUUGGUGGCAUAUUCCUCCCACAAUGCCUACUGGUACCUACCGCUUCCAUGUUUACGGCAAUGCAAAACACAUCAUUGAAGGGAUCAAACCAUAUGAUGGUGUGUCUCGUGAGUUUAAUGUCACCAGUUAACCAGAUAAGACUAGCCGAGCAGGCCCAAUCAAUCCAGAGCAUUGUAAACCUGAUUGUUGUUUACUUCUCACAUUCUAAAGCUCACCCUGUACCGUUAUUUUCUUUGGGGGUGGGGGAGAGGUCUAUUGAUGAUUUAUGGCAGUGUAAUCUGAAUUGUUUACCCAUGUUUUGAAAGUAUUAUAGCUCCUUUAUUUGAAAAAAGACAAUUAUGACAAAACGGUCACAUAUUUUUGCUAUUUGAUGACAACAUGCACACUGCAUUCUUUCCAUCAGUUUAGUCACGCCCAUGGAAUCAGAUAUCAGUUUUCCCAGUUAAUUUAGCACUUCUUUCGUUUAAAAUUGCAUACAAGAAAGUUUGAUUGGGUCAAAGAGGGGUCGUCCCAAAUGUUGAUUUCGAUUUCCAAAUAACACCACUAGAUUUCACUUUCAGAGCAUUGUAAGUUACAAAAAAGUAUUCUUACUCUUCCUUUUUAUUGUCAUUUUCGUCUCAAUCCAGGAAUGGCGUUGAAUUUGAAAAGCAAAUUUGUUUUUGUCGUUCAUUUACCGAUUCGAAAUGGAUGAUUUACAGGAUGAAUAAGAAUUUUUUAAUCCAUUACAGUGCUCUAAAACUGAAAUCUAGUGGUGUUAUUUUGAAAUUGGAGUCAACAUUUGGGGCGAGUGACCCCUCUUUAAUGAAAUUGACUUUCCUUUAAGCCAUUUUAAAUAACAGAAGUGCAAAAUUAACUGGGAAAGGCAAGGAGUAAGCCGAAAUGUGACACUUUUAAGUGUAUUGUCCGUAAAUUCUGUUUUACCAAAUAACUUGAUAUCUUUCAUCGAUUAAAUGAAAUUCUUACUUUUACUUUCACCAAAAAUUUUUGUUGCAGAAACGAAAUUGAUGUAUAAUUUGAAAAGAGAUGAGAGACUCAUGUGAUGAAAUGUAACAAUCCCAACUUGUAAACUAGACUAUCAUGCAUAUUAACUAUGUUUUGUUUUGUCUUCUUGCUUUGUAAUAGUAAACAAAUGUAAAAAAAUCUCCUUUUUUUCCAGCAGGAAUCUUUGCAUGGUUUCUUGCAAAUGAAAUGUUCUAAUUAAAGGGCUAGUUUCAUUUAUACUUUUUUUGUGGAAAAGAUGUGAGUGCAAUUUGAAGCAUCCAAUAUGACUACCCACCGCUAUUGACAAGUGAGUCUUUCAUAGAGAAUUGUUCCUAGCCUGAACUGGGCCAAAAUAUACUGUGGUAUUUCCUGAGUUACAUAACAGCUUCAGCGUCGUCAUGCAAGGUGGUGGGCUUCGAAGAAGGGGAAAAAAUUGGUCCAGACGAGCUGGCUUGUGUAGUGCAUUUAGUGAUUAUUUUUGUGGGUGUUUGGUUUGAACCCCAGAGGGUAUUUUCCUUUUCAGUUUCAAGUUCUUUCCUAUUGGAAAAGAUCAAUUUUGAAUGGUUUUUUAAAAAUAAUUUCAUUAUAGAACAAAGUCUCAAUUCAACAAGGUCUCGAUAAGGUCAUACCAUAUUUCAGCCCCGUUCUGAACAGGGCCAUUAUUUUCUCUGUGAGAGUCUGGCGUUGACAGCGGGGGAUAGUCAGCUCCUCUGUUGAAUUAUUAAUGCAGAAGAUCGUAGGGCAAUGUCACUUGCAUUGAAUGUAGCUUGUACCGGUGAGAUAGUGCUUUCAGAUAAGACAUAUUUGACAAAGGUCUCUAGGGAUAUGAUUGUUGAUAUUUGGAGUGGCUGGAGGGCUGAACAGCACAUUUCCCUGACACCUGUGCCUGGCGGGAUUUCGGUAACAUCCAGAUGAAUCCUCAGUCAAUGUCUCGAAAAUAGUUGAACCAAGAAGCGAUACUCUUACCAGAAUCAAUUAUGCAAUUGAAAACUUUGUGUCAUUGCCAGAUUUUAAUGACGGAAUUUGACGUUUCUUAAAGAAGGGAGAUGAAUUAAACAAUUAAAGUUUGUAAUGAAGCUAGGGGUGAGGUCGUCUGGACCCGUCUCCAAUGAGGUUGAUACCUGGUCGUCUGCGAAUUCUGUCGUUUUUAUAGUUAACCUCAGACUGACGAAGGUGACCUGUACCUCCGAGUUUCGAAGUACGUGAUGCAGCGGUCAAACAACUUGGCCGGAAUAAAACGCCGUCUGGAUGGCAUCAUUUCUUUAACCUU